CCGGCUUUACCGGAGGGCUCCUUGUUCAAAUAGGUUCCGCGGCUUAGAUGGGAACGACACACACAUUAGGACGACUUGCGCCAUCUCUUCACUAACUUUGAUGAGGACUUCGAUAUCAAGCAGGGAACAUGCCUGUGAUGAAAGGAUUAUUAGCGCCGCAGAACACGUUUCUGGAUACUAUAGCCACUCGGUUUGAUGGAACUCACAGCAACUUCAUCCUGGCUAAUGCGCAGGUGCUGAAGGGCUUUCCCAUCGUCUACUGCUCCGAUGGCUUCUGCGAGCUCACGGGCUGCUCGCGGGCCGAGGUCAUGCAGAAGAGCUGCGCCUGUAAGUUCCUGUACGGGCCGGAGACCAGCGAAAGCAUCAUCCUGAGCAUCGGCAACGCCCUGGAAGAGCGGAAGGAGUUUAAAGACGAGAUCAUGUUCUACAAAAAAACAGCUGUGCUGUUCUGGUGCCUGCUGGACAUCGUGCCAAUUAAGAACGAGAAGGGAGACGUGGUGCUCUUUCUGGCUUCGUUUAAGGACAUCACAGACACCAAAGCCAAAGCCAUCCAAGAGGACAAGAAGGAAGAGCGACGGCGCGGCAGGGUGAAAACAGGCUCGCAAUUCAGCUCGGCUCGUCUGCGGAGGAGCACGGUGCUCUACCACAUCUCCGGUCACCUGCACAGCCGGGAGAAGAGCAAGAUCAAACUCAACAAGAAUGUGUUCGGGGAUCCGCCCGCUCUGCCGGAGUACAAGGUGGCGGACGCCAAGAAGUCGAAAUUCAUCCUGCUUCACUACAGCACGUUCAAAGCCGGCUGGGAUUGGCUGAUACUCCUCGCCACCUUCUACGUCGCCGUGACGGUGCCCUACAACGUCUGCUUCAUCGGCGACGACGACGACCUGACGCGCAGCACGACGGUCAGCGACAUCGCCGUGGAGAUACUCUUCAUCAUAGACAUUGUUUUUAAUUUCCGCACAAGUUACGUCAGCAAAUCGGGACAGGUGAUCUUCGACGCUCGGCAGAUCUGCAUCCACUACCUGACCACGUGGUUUGUCAUCGACCUGGUUGCCGCUUUGCCCUUUGACCUUCUCUAUGCCUUCAAAGUCAGCGUGGUGUCAGUGGUCCACCUGUUGAAAACAGUCCGUCUGCUCCGUUUGCUGCGGCUCCUCCAGAAGAUGGACCGCUACUCGCAGCACAGCACGGUGGUCCUGACGCUGCUGAUGUCCAUGUUCGCCCUGCUAGCCCACUGGAUGGCCUGCAUUUGGUAUAUCAUCGGCAAGAUGGAGAUAGAGGCCAACGCCUUCAACUGGGAUAUCGGAUGGCUCCACGAGCUGGGGAAGCGCCUGGAGUCGCCGUACUUUGCCGAAGGAGAGGUGAACGGGACCAGCAACGGCCCCCCCAUCCGCAGCGUCUACAUCGCCUCCCUCUACUUCACCCUGAGCAGUCUGACCAGCGUGGGCUUUGGAAACGUUUCGGCCAACACUGACAUUGAGAAGAUCUUCUCUAUUUGCGUCAUGCUUAUCGGAGCCCUGAUGCACGCGUUGGUCUUCGGAAACGUGACAGCCAUCAUCCAGAGGAUGUACUCCCGCUGGUCACAGUACCACACCAGAACCAAAGACCUCAAGGACUUCAUACGCGUCCAUCAUCUGCCGCAGAGCGUCAAGCAGCGGAUGUUGGAGUAUUUUCAGACGACCUGGUCGGUCAACAACGGCAUCGACUGCAACGAGCUGCUCAAGGACUUCCCGGACGAGCUGCGAUCCGACAUCACCAUGCACCUCAACAAGGAGAUCCUGGAGCUGUCGCUGUUUGCCUCGGCCAGUCGCGGCUGCCUGCGCUCCCUCUCGCUGCACAUCAAGACCUCCUUCUGCGCUCCCGGAGAGUACCUCCUCCGACAGGGCGACGCGCUGCAGGCCAUCUUCUUUGUCUGCUCCGGGUCCAUGGAAGUGCUGAAAGACGGCAUGGUGCUGGCCAUCCUGGGUAAAGGCGACCUGAUCGGGGCGAACCUGUCCUUAGAUGACCGAGUGAUAAAAACCAACGCGGACGUGAAAGCCCUGACGUACUGUGACCUGCAGUGCGUGAACCUCCGGGGGCUCUACGAGGUGUUGGAUCUCUACCCCGAAUACUCGCAGAACUUUGUCCACGACAUCCAGCAGGACCUCACGUACAACCUGAGGGAGGGACACGAGACCCACAUUAAGGCCCGACUAUCCAGCGCCGCACUAGAUGCCCAGCCCGGGGUGAGGAGGAAUGGGGGAGUGGUUCAGGGCUACCCGCGCCUCAUAGAGGCGCUGGAGGAACUCGAGGAAGACGAAGAGGAGGAGGAAGAGGAGGCCACGCCCGCGCCUCUGUCGUCCGAGAGGAGUCGGGCGGUGACCCUCGGGAAGCCUCAGCCGAGCCGGUCCGGCGGGAAGACCUCGGCACAGAGUUCCACCGGGUCUCGGAGGAAGAACCAGGAAAUUACUCUCACCACUUUGGACUCGUCCAACCUCAGCCCCAGGAUAGUGGACGGCACCAAGAACAACGGGGGGACAGAGGGGUCCUUGGCUCUCUCCUUCUCAGCCAGGGGAGGACACCCUGUCCACGAACCAACCAGUGCCUCAGCGUCCUCCACAGAUGUGCUGCAGAUCAGCACGGCAGAGUUAGCAGUUAAAGCAGAAGAGACCAGAGGACAACUGCAACACCUCGACCAGCAGGUGAGUAACCUCGGGAGGGAAGUCGCUGACCUCGGACAGGUCAUGAGGAGAAUGGCUCAACUGAUGGAGACCGUGGUGUCCUCGGCGCCGCAGCCGCCUCACCGCUCCCCAGCACACCCACACCCACGCCUGCCCCACCCUACCCCUCCUACGUCGUACCCCUCGCCCGCCUCCUCUCAGACUGCCUCCGUUUGGACAGACGCGCCGUCUCCCUUCACCGUCCCCCAGCAACACGGCGGAACGUGCCGCACGGACCUCCUCGCUCACCUGUCCCAGGACCUGCAGCCGGGUUACUCCGCUUUCCCCGUCCCGACCCCCGACCCGUCCGCGCUCCAACCACAGCCCGUCGUCUCAGACCCUCGCCUGCCUCCCUCCCCGCGCUGCUCGCCGGAGACGCCCCGCUUCGACGUCGGGGUCCCCGCCGCCAUCGGGUCGCGGGAACGCGAUGCGCCGCCGGAGGACGGGGGAGACGGGGGCCGCCAUCAGAGCUCUGGGUGCUUACUGCAAACGGGACUUGGGGCCUCCUACCACAACCCACCUAAGGCUUUGUAGCAGUCCUCCGGCUGAACUUUGCGGGGGCCGCGCAGGACUUAAUCCGGGACAUUUUUCGGGGGACAUCUUCCCGGGCUGAACGCAUCAUAUCAUUGGAGGAAGGUUUCCAGGGACUCAACGUAUAUUCCUUUUUUGUUUUUGAAGGCACGUGUUUAAAAAUAUUGCGGCAUGAAAACAGGCACAGAAGGUGUAGGUGCGUUAGCUUUACCUUGUAGAAUGUAGCGCUGUUAGACACGCUGUAGAGGUUUGGGUCUCUCUCCCUCCUGGCUGUUAACGUCUUCCGGUCAGCUGGUCUGGUCGGAGGUGCAAAAAGCAUCGUGA